CGGGUCAGCGUAAAGGAUAUAUAAUGGAGAUGGAUACCGAGCCCGAUAGGCCUUACUUCUUUGGUGACAUAGGAUGCUGGUCAGAGAGGACAGAGGUGCACGAAGCCGCUGCACUGGGCCACACCCUGAGGCUACAGGAGCUGAUACAGAGUGGAGCGUCCGUCAACAUCGUGGCUGUGGACUCCAUCACCCCACUGCACGAGGCCUGCAUUCAGGGGCAAACCCAGUGCGUCAGACUGCUGCUGGACGCUGGCGCACAGGUGGACGCGCGGAACGUGGACGGCAGCACGCCGCUGUGUGACGCCUGCUCGGCGGGGAGCCUGGAGUGUGUGCAGCUGCUGCUGGAGCGCGGAGCGACGGUGAACCCCGCCCUCACCUCCCGCACCACCUCCCCCCUCCACGAGGCCUGCAUGGGAGGAAACUCGGACUGCGUGCGGCUGGUGAUCUCCAAGGGCGCAGAGCUGGAGGCGUACGACCUGUACUACGGGACGCCCCUACACGUGGCGUGCGCCAACAAGCAUGUCGACUGUGCCAAGGCGCUGCUCAACGCAGGAGCCAAAGUGAAUGCUGCCAGGUUGCACGAGACUGCUCUCCACCACGCGGCCAAAGUGAAAAACGUGGAGCUGAUCGAAAUGUUGGUGGAGUUCGGGGGGAACGUGUAUGCCAGAGACAAGCACGACAAAAAGCCCAUCGACUACACCAAGCACGGCUCCCCUCCCGCCCUCUGCCUGCAGUUUUAUGAAUCAACGCCCCUGAGUUUGCAGCACCUGAGCAGGGUCGCUCUGAGGGCGGCGCUGGGUACCAGAGCGCAGGAGGUCGUGUCCAAACUCAGCCUGCCGAACCGGAUCAUCCGCUACCUCUGCUACUGCUGACCACGUGACACUCU